AUGUUUGCCGAGCCAUUCGGGCUGGGAAAGGUAUUCGUUGCCCAGUCUACUGCGUCCCACGAAGAUUUGCAUAAUGUUGCCUGUGCAAGAUAUACUGGAUGCGCAUUUGGUUGUGGCCAGAAUGAACACUGCUCCAAGGACGGGUCGUGUGAAUGUACUUUGCCCUACUAUAGAGCUGGCGACGGGUUGUGCCAACGUUCAUUCCACGAUGCAGAGCACUGUGUGAACACCACGCUACGCAUUCCACCGGGCUAUUUCUUUGAGCCGGUGACGUUAUCGGACGCCCAGAACAUGUGCCGGGCGUCCGGAAUGGAAUUGCCCACGACAAGAAUGCUAUUUGGAAACCAUGUUGUGGCUGUUUGCCUCUACCACAUGGUGCAGAAAUACAACUUUGCACUUUCCAGCGAGCCCUCCGCCACAUCGACCGGUGUUUUCAUACACACCACGCACGCCUUCUCCGUUGACAUUUUUACUAGUUACUACUUGUCCGGCCAAUGGAACUUGCUUAACACACGAUCUUCACACCACCGUGUUAUCUGCGCAGAGUAUACGUAUUGUGACCCGCCGGCUCCAGAGUCAAACAAGCGAAAUUUCGCGUACGUCAAUGGUAGUUACUCUCGCGGCACAGCAGAAUGCAUCAGUGGUUACAGUUUACAAGGCGACUUGCCAAUGAAGUGUCAGGGUGGCAACCGAUGGAGUACAGCGUGUGAAGAGAACUCGUGCCCCCCUCCGGCCCCGAUUCCCAAUGCCGUUACCACCGGCAACAGCACUGUGGAGAAGAAUGUUUCCUGCCUACCUGGCUACACCCUGGCCCCUGGUUCACCACCAGUGAUUUACUGCCAACCUAACCAGAAAUGGACAUUUUCUGUCUGCGAGCAGAACUCGUGCCCCCCUCCGGCCCCGCUUCCCAAUGCCGUUACCACCGGCAACAGCACUGUGGAGAAGAAUGUUUCCUGCUUGCCUGGCUACACCCUGGCCCCUGGUUCACCACCAGUGAUUUACUGCCAAACUAACCAGAAAUGGACAUUCUCUGCCUGCGAGGACAAUUGCAACUACUUUAACGUCACGUGUCCUCAGGCUGAGCAAUGCUUAAGCACCUCAGGGUCCUACACAUGCUGCAAGCUCGGCUAUGGACUCGAUGCACAGGGGAAAUGCGCUCAAAACGUUUGCGGUGCAUUCAAAGGACAACCUAAUACCGUCUACACCAGGGUCAGCAACGUGGCCAAGAAUGUGUCUUGCCCCCCGGGCUUUCGUCUUGCGCCUCACAGCCCAUCAACCAUCUACUGUGAUGGCACUAACUGGACAUACUCUUACUGCACAGAUAUAGAUGAAUGCGAUGUACAACCACUCCCCUGUGAGCUGAGUAGAUGUGUCAAUGACGUGGGAACGUACCAAUGCUGCCCUCUCGGCUAUCGCAAGAAUAUAUCUCUGCCGACACGCUGUGGAGAGAACUCGUGCCCCCCUCCGGCCCCAAUUCCCAAUGCCGUUACCACCGGCAACAGCACUGUGGAGAAGAAUGUUUCCUGCUUGCCUGGCUACACCCUGGCCCCCGGUUCACCACCGGUGAUUUACUGCCAAACUAACCAGAAAUGGAUAUUCUCUGCCUGUGAGGAUGUGAAGUCACCUGGCGGACUGAACUCGACGAACUUGGUGGCUCCCAUUGCCGGAUCUAUCGCUGCCGCUGUAAUUGUACUUAUUGUGGUGGCCUUCGUAGUACUUCGACGUCGCUCGCGGAGAUCUGGCAACGCGCAGUUGAGGAAACCGGUCACGCCGCUGACGGGAAUGCUCAGCACGUCCAUGCUCCUAACCAACACAAUGUCUCGCACGCAGAACGAGCGGUCGCGCGCAACUUCCGACACUAGAACCAUCGUAGAGCGGCCGCCCUGUCAGGAGACAGCCUGCUCCCCGACCAGCGAAUGUGCCAGCGGAUACGCCAGCAAAAACGCCUGGGACCGGGGAUCAUCGUGCGGCGAUGAUGAGUCCAGCUCCGAGACCAGCAGGUACGCCGGCAAAGCCGCCCAAGAAAAGAAAUCAUGCAAGGAGGAGGAGUACUUCGACGAGACCAACAGAUACGCCAGCCCCAAACUGAUUAGAAAAGAAUACUCGUGUUAGAAUUCCAUGUUACUUGCAGAAUGUACGUAGAGAAUAGACAAAAAUGAUUUCACCCCCCCCC